AUGCAACUAUAGGGGGCGGGGCGAUAGUCAAGAGCUGAUUCCACACUCUCACUGCACUCGCUCUCUCACUGCAUAAACAAACACAACUCAGUCAACAAGUCUUCUAAACAGAGCUACUGGAAGACAUGGUUGAUUCUGAUCUCAAGAAACGCUUUGAAGCAUGCAACGUUUUGUCUGGUGUGGGAGAUGCCAUCGGCUACAAAAACGGUGAAUGGGAAUUUUGUCGAUCAGGACGCAGAAUCCACGAAGAUUUGUACAAAAUGGGAGGUCUAGAAAAUAUCAAAGUCGAUUCUCGAAACUGGAUGAUUUCUGACGAUACUGUAAUGCACUUAGCAACUUCCGAAGCACUUGUUUCGAAAUGGGAGAGUUUGCCUGAACUAUACUCGAAAAUAGCGCAGAAGUACGUUGAGUGUAUGAGGGAUAUGGCUGGACGGGCACCUGGCUUAACCUGCUCAGCUAGUGUGCAGAGGUUGAGACCUCAAGUAGACAAAGGAUGGUACAUUCCGUUCAACCCACGCGGAGGCGGGUGUGGCGCAGCUAUGAGAGCCGUGCCCAUUGGUCUGCUGUAUUGGAAACCGGAGGAGAUAUUGUUACUGAUAACAAUCUCGAUUGAGAGUGGACGAAUGACUCAUAACAAUCCAACUGGCUACCUUGGAGCUAUGGCCGUCGCUCUGUUUGUAUCGUAUGCAGUACAGAAGAAACCUCUCAAAGAGUGGGGUGCCGGACUAAUCGUAACACUGGAGAAAGCAUGGGAGUAUAUCGAGAAUGAAGGUCGAGAUGUUGAAGAAAAUCGUGGUGCCUGGGAUUACUUCAAGAAAUCCUGGACAGACUAUCUCUCUCUUCGUGGUAUCACUGAUGGAAUCUCCAAGCCUAAAUUCCCAGACACGUACAAAGUAUCGGAACGGGACAAGUUCUACAAGAGCGUGAGUUUUGCAGGUACAGGUGGAGCUAGUGGCCACGAUGCUCCGAUGAUUGCGUACGAUGCUUUGCUCAGUGCUGGUGAUUCGUGGGAAGAGCUGUGUUUACGUAGCAUGCUUCACGGCGGAGAUUCAGACAGCACUGGUAUUAUUGCAGCCGCGUGUUGGGGAGGCAUGAACGGUUACCGUGACGUCCCUGAAGGGCAUUACAAGAAGCUCGAGUAUUUGGAUCGACUGAAGACACAGGGAAAGAAAUUAUACGAGAAAUCUACAAAAUGACUUGCUAAUUAGUUAGAGAUGUGUGUGUGGAUGAGGAAUUCUGUACACAUAGUGUAGAACUCCCCAGCUAGUUAGAAGGUGUUUAUUGUGUGCCUAUUAUGACAUCAUGCUAUUUUUUUUAAUGCUACAAUUUAUAUAUCAUUGUGUAAUAUAAUUAUGUGUAUGACGUUGUUGGCACUUAAUUCAUAA